UUAUUUGUGCGCGAUGAAACGUCUUUUCUCGCACUCACUCCUCGCCGGAUCGUGGAGAGUUCCGUUUCGCAAUGGGCAUGCGCCGUAGCGACUUCCGUUCGGCGCGCCGAUGCAGCGUGUAGGCGCCUGUCCCAGGCCGAAAAAACACGAUUUAUCCCACAUUCCAUUAAAGUUAAAAGCCGAAGCUCUGUAAUGGCCAGAGAAACAAACCCAAAGGUAGAAGAGUACAAAGAAAGACUUAAAAAAGAAGCAGAGGAGUUGGUUUUGCACAAAUUUCCUGAGAAGAUACUGGAACUGGAAACCUUGCUAAAAACAGAUAAAUUUUCGAAGACAGACCUCACAGCUGUACAUGUGGACAUCAACAUUCCAGUGCCUGAACCCCCAUUUAUCAACCACGAGGCUGAUUUGCCCACAGCGAAAAAAAGACGACUUGAAACCCUUGAAAAUGAAAUCACAG